UCUAAUCCAUAACCAUUUGAAGUCCAGACAGCAAUAAUUGCGUGGUUUUUGCGAGAUUGCUCUAUUGUCGGCAUAGGUCCUGGAUCCUGUUUAUAAGCUCUUGAUACCCCCUGAUAUUGAUUCCUUGACACAGCCAGCAAUCUCCCGUUGAACCAUACCUAUGGCAUCCUGUUGUGAUUCAGACAAUGAGCAAAAGGCUUCCGCAGACUCCAAAACUAGUCCAAAGUCAAAUCUCGCUGGUUCAUCGCGGUUUUCGCUGAUUUCACCCGUUGCAUCUGCUCUCCUUCAUAGCUCCUGCUGCUGGCUUCCGACCCUACUUGACUUUUUUUCCCUUGGAUCUGCUUCCGCAUCCCAACUUCAGUCCCUCCGGCCCGUCUUCUUCUGGAUUACCCUGCUUAUCCUCACUGAAAGCAUAAGGCGAAACGGCCUAGAUCGCCGCACCUUCUACCGUAUUGCUAUAUCUGGGUUCCUCCUAGCGUUGCCUCGUCUUUCAAACUUUGCGAAGCAACAUAAAAAUCCAGGGACACCGCACCAUAGCUGUCACUGAUAAUCGAAUUACCAUAUAUUGAUUUCGCUAUUCUUUUGUCCUAUCACACCUUUUAACCAUGUGGGCGUUAAGGUAUACGAGCAGGACGAGGGUCACCCAUGAAUUGUUAUUUGGGGUCCAUGUUUUGCAUGGCGAACAAUCUGGUAACCGUCUCACGUCUUUGAGGAAUGUUGUCUGUAAAUUCCGGUCAAAACACCAUAUUCCCAGCACGCCGCUGGGAAUAGCAACGACAUCAUCAAAGGUAAACCGACAGUGCCAUCGCUCGCCACCAGCCCUUUUGCCAUCCCCACUUACCUUAAAUUUUUGGAAAUCGAGGCCUGUUUGGAAAAGAGCCGUAUUCAACACACUGCGCUGCUUAAUUGGCUGUACGAUAGGUGACUUUUCUUGUAUGUGGUUUUUACAGGCAUAUCAUCCGUACAUCGCCGUCGGCUACGUUAUGGGGGCAUCUAUGGCGGCUGGCGUUGCAAGUUCCAUGACUGUUGAAACUGUUCUGCUCCACUUUGGACGCGAUAAACUGGGCUGGUUGCAGGCUCUUAAAACAGCUGCAGGGAUGAGUAUGAUUUCGAUGGCUAGCAUGGAAGCAGUCCAAAAUGUAGUGGACUAUCAUUUGACUGGAGGUGUUGUCUCCUUAUCUGACCCCAAUUUUUGGGGUGCUGCUCUGGUUUCUAUGGCCGCAGGCUUUCUUGCACCGCUUCCAUAUAAUUAUAUCAGACUACGCAGAUAUGGGAAAGCGUGCCACUAAUAUGAGGGGAUUUCUUUCGGAUAUGUUGGACUGAGUAAUGGAUGUCUGUGUUUUAGUGUACUCUACAAAUAUCCCAAGUAGCAUUGUGUUUUUGAACUUAUAGUUUCUAGUUUUUUUCUUCCUUUUACCUUUUAAAUGGUGUUUACAUG